CAGGAUCCUGAGCCCUCUCUGCUCCCUACAGAUCCCAGAACCUCAGCGUCUCCCUUGGAACCUCUUGUGCAGCCCCCAGGCUCUGAGGAGCAGGAAGAGGAGGAGAGGCGUAGUGCCUUAGAAAAGAGUAUACACUGCUGCUUCGUCUUGUCUGCAGGUUUGUUCUCAGGGAGUUGAUUGAAACCGAGAAGAUGUACGUGGAAGACCUGGGCCAGAUUGUGGAGGGCUAUAUGGUGACCAUGAAUACCCGUGGCAUCCCUGAAGGUAUGAAGGGCAAGGAUAAGAUAAUCUUUGGGAACAUCCACCAGAUCUAUGACUGGCAUAAAGAUUAUUUACUCAAGCAGCUGGAGAAAUGUCUGGAGGACCCUGAUCUUCUGGCUGAGCUGUUCAUAAAGCACGAGCGUCGUUUGCACAUGUAUGUUGUUUACUGUCAGAACAAACCCAAAUCUGAGCAUAUUGUUUCUGAGUUUAUUGACACUUACUUUGAGGAACUGAAGCAGGAGUUGGGGCAUCGCCUGCAGCUCAAUGAUUUACUUAUCAAGCCUGUACAGCGGAUCAUGAAAUACCAACUGCUGCUCAAGGAUUUCCUGAAGUAUUACAGCAAAGCUGGGAAGGACACGGAACAGCUGGAGAAAGCUGUAGAUGUUAUGUGCUUUGUUCCCAAACGCUGCAACGACAUGAUGAAUGUGGGACGUCUUCAAGGCUUUGAGGGGAAGCUGACUUCUCAAGGGAAACUGCUGCAGCAGAACACUUUUUUGGUAAUAGAGCAGGCAGGCGGGAUCCUGGCCCGGGCUCGUGAGCGCCGCAUCUUUCUCUUUGAGCAAAUUGUUAUCCUAAGUGAGACCCUGGAGCGAAGGCGUGGUCCAUAUGCUGCCCCAACAUAUGCCUUUAAGAGCAGCAUCAAGGUAAGCUCUUUGGGCCUGGAGCCUUGUGUGGACAAUGAUCCCUGCAAAUUUGCACUGAUCUUUCGUGGCGCAGAACGGGGCACCAUCCGUUAUGUACUGCAGGCAGAAACACCGGAGAUUGCCCAGGCCUGGGUGACUGACAUUAACCUCAUCUUGGAAACACAACGUGACUUCCUUAAUGCACUGCAGUCGCCCAUAGAGUACCAGCGUCGGGAGAGCAAAACCCACAGUCUAGGACGAACGGGGGCUCUGCACCACUCACUGACAGGUGGCUCAACUCGGCCCUCCUCCUCAACCUCCAUGGACCAGAACAAGGGAUCCAGCCUCCAGGCCCACAAUGCCUCCCUGCCCUCCCUUUAUCUUCCUGGUCCAGCCCCAUCUGACCCCCUCCCCUCUGUCGAGCCAUCUCACAGCCAAAGCUCUCCAGGGCCUGAACCUGCUCACAUACCUUCUCAGCAACCUGAUACGCAGCUCUCCAGUGUCCCUCAGCAAGAAGCCCAGCAAUUGGUCCUGAUUGAAGAUGAUGCCAGGCUGCUGCUCCCCGAUCCUGAGGUCCCAGAAAUUAACGUUCCUCAAGGCAGCGCCCAACUUGCCAAACUUGAUGAGGAUGAACUGUGACUCUUGGACUGCAGGAUGGCCUCUGUCAGGCAGGCACUUCAGCUGGGGAUAUGUAAUGCCUCUCCCACAUCCCUCCUCCCUCUCUUUGGCUGCUCUGGAGGAAAAAGAAAUGUGGCGACAGCAGGAUGGAAGGUUUUGCUGUCCUCUGAUCCUGCUCAAAAUGCCCAGACUUCACCCCCUUCCUUGAAUGGGUGCAGGACCCCAUAUUGGGAAUGGAGCGUACUGCUGAAGGCCCUUCCCUAGACUCCAGUAUAUGCAUGCUGUGGGGCUCUAGGGGCUUUACGUGGGGGCUCUUGGAUGAGGGGUUUAGAUUAUGUGAAAUGAGAAUAUUUUGUUUGUUGUAAUAAAGAUUUUAAUUAAAACUAA